CUCUGCAAAACCAGAUCUGGGUUUUCUCUCAAACUUCAUCUUCUUCCUCAUUUCCUCCUUCUUGCUCAUCCUUCUUCUUUCUUCUUCUUUCUUCUUCUUAUUCUUUCUCUCUCUCUCUCUCUUCUCCCUUCUUCUUCCUCUCUCAAACCUAGGUCUAGGUUUUUCUCUAACCUAGGUCUAGGUUUUUCUCUAACCCAGAUCUAGGUUUCAUCACAUAAAUCAAUCUGAAGAAGUUGGAUGAACAACAUUGUAAGGUGGUAGUGUCGGUGGGCUGUCUUCCUCUCCUGCAGCGACAUCUUCUACUUUACUUCCUUAAAAACUCAAAUCAUCACCAUCAUCAACCCAAUGAUGCCCUCCCUACGAAAGUUGCCCCUUCAUAUUCCAUUUCAUUUCGUCGCCUCUCUUGACAUGCCACCGCUUACUACUAUUCACCAUAGAAAUUGAAGAGUUCUAUGCUCAAUUUCACUUCUCUGCUGGAGUUUUCUCGAACUUCUGGUGAUCUUUCCUCAUCAACUCUCACCAUUUCCCUUUCAUCAUCAACAAAUUCCCACAAUAUGCCACUGCCUACUUUUGUUUAGAGGAUUAUGUUCUUGUUGGUGAUGUAAUAAUGAUUAAUGAUGAUUAUGUCCUUUCUAUGGUGAGUUUAUGUGUUCCUUUGGUUCCUCGUUGAUAUUUUGAAGUUUGAUCAGUAAUCUUUUCCAAACUAUUCUUUUUCAGUACUAGUAUUUUUUUGGCGAACAUUUUCAAAACUGGUUGAGUGUUUAAUUGUAUAACCUGUAUUGCAUACAGCUUUUCACUGCACAAAAGGAGUGGGAAGAAAUGAUACAUGCUAGUUGCCAGGGACCUCACAAUUACAUGGGGUGAUACUCCUUGUUAUUGGAGAUGGAACUCCAUACGAGAUUCCAGGUUCCCUGAGGGUGAAGAGGUUCUCGAUGUUUGUUGGUUUAAAUCAAUUGGAGGAUCAGUAGUUGCUAGCUUUCUUCAAUGACACAUUAUAAGGCAUACCUUGUGUUCAAGCUAGCAACUAGAGUUUUUGGAUUUAGAAAUGAACCUAUAGAAGCCACUGUUUGACUUAGCGGAACUGAAGGUUUACAGUGAACUCUGUUUCUGCAUGCAAAAGGUGAAGAUGUACAAAAUGAUUAUCGGUGCCCAAUGGAGAGGGGAGAUGGUUAGUUAGAGCUAGAGUUGGGUGAAUUCUUCAAUGAAGGAGGUGAAGAUGGCAAAUUGGAAAUACAGAUUGUUUGUUUUA